CGUGAAAGUCUGCGCGAGGCUGGUAUCUAAAAGGUGCCAACAAAAUGGAAGAUGGCGGAAGGAGAAAGGCAGAAUUUAUUUUCCGAUCGUGGACAGCGAAACUAUAAAUCAAAUCCCCUACUCAAUUCAUUCAAGAAAAAUGAAGCCUCAGAGAGAAGUUCUUUGUCAGAGAGCAUUGAGGCACCAAAAUCUUAUGGGGCUACUCGGAAUCCACUGCAACCGCAAUGCGACGUGAAGUUGAUAGGUCAUGUUGUGGAACCUACCGACACAUUGCAAGGACUUGCUAUAAAAUAUGGGGUGACGGUUGAACAGUUAAAAAGAGCAAACAAAAUUUGGGCAAAUGACAAUAUACACUUGUUUAAAAUCCUAAAAAUUCCAGUUAGGAAGGACUCAAAACACUACAUAGAAGACUCUGAAUUUUCUGAAGAUGAAUCAGGGACAGAUGAUAGUGGUAUAAAUGAAGACAGAGGCACAAUCAAUUCUGAAGCAAGAGUUGACAAAGGAAAUAAAAGUGGUCACAUGUGUGAUGGAUCUCUUGAGGAAUCCAGAGAAACAGAAGGGGAGAGACAACAACAAAACACAGCUUCCAGUUUUCUGGAGCAACUUGAUGCAAGGAUAAAAAGCUCUAAAAAGGAAUCUGAGAAACUUAGAACUGUUUCAGGACCUAAAGUUAUUGCAGAUUUAGAAAGAGCACAUGCCAGCAGUCUCACAUCUGAAGAUGAUUUGUUUCGACCACUUGAAGCUGGAUCUUCAAGGCGACAAAGAGGACAAGUACUUGCAUCUAAAAGGCAUGUAAGAAAGGAGAAAACUGCUGUCCAGGAUGCCGAUGAUCAGUUCUUUGAGCUUUGACAUAGGAUCUAAAACAGAUAUCAUUUUAAUUUUGCAUUUUAUGAUUUGAAUUGACCAUCAUACAUACAAAGUCAUGACUCCAGUUUUAUUUAAUUUGACAAGAUACAAAUGUCUACAGCAAAAAUUUGCAUCUGUAAAUUUUUACUGUAUAAUUCAAAUCAAUGAUAGGGAAAACAAAAAUGUUUAAGCUGCAGAUUCUUCAAAGGCUUGUUGGAAAUGUGUCCAUUCACAGCAUACAUAGCUAUCCAGAUACCAAUCGUAGUCCUUUGAAUGACAGAUGUCUUUAACCCUUUACGCUCUAACAUCAGUAUGCACAUUCUCCAUACUGUUCUCUAUACAUUUCCUGAUGUGCCGACAAGGAGAAUUUGUUUAA